GCCUGGCCCAUGGUCCCCUUGGAGUGGUGGCUAGCCAGGCUGCGGUGGUCAAGCUUGCCAGUAAGUGCCAGCAUCUGGGGGCUGAGCUGAGACCCGCAAGACCUGGGGUGUGGGAAAUGGGAUCUGCAGUUAGUUGCUUGCACAAAGGCUUCUCUCUUGAGCCCACUCCCUCUUUCCCUGCCCGCCCCUCCCCCUGCCCUUCCUGCUCAGUGAGUCCCUUCCUGCUAUUAUCUGGCUCAGGGCUCAGUGGUCCCUCUUCUUCUCCACUCCUGUUCCUCCUCCUUUUCUUUCCCUUUGAGCUCAAGAGUCUAGAGUUGUGCUCUCCUCCAGGAAGCCUGCCGGAGAGACUUGUAAGAGUGUCAGGGGCACAAAGGUGCCUCCUCAGGGAGCUCCCCACCCUCACAGCAGGUAGAAUGUGUGGAGUCACACCCCAUUGUCCAGCCCACCCCCUGGGGGCUCUUGGGAGGUGCAGAUCACCAUGAAAUGAUUUUCAGGCCAGAAGAAAUGUGCAUCUCACUGUAGUCUGACCAUCAUGGUGAUGUUAGGCUGCGGGACUUUGGAAUUCAUCCUGCCUGCAGCAUCUGACCAGUCAUCACCGCUUCUUAUCCUCUGGCUGCCUCUCUCCGACUGUGUCUCCAUUGGUCUAAAUUUGCUCUGCCCGUGUUUCUAUUACCCUGUGUUUCUCUGUGCCCGUGUAUGUGUGUUUCACUGUCUCUGCUCCCUGUGGCCUCUCUCCCUCGUGUUCCUCUCCUGUCCCUGCCCAUCUCACUGUCCUCAUCCCCAGCACUCGCAGGCUUCUCUUUGCACCCGGAGUCUCAGACGGUGGAGGAGAACGGGACAGCUCGAUUUGAGUGCCACAUUGAAGGGCUGCCAGCACCCAUCAUUACUUGGGAGAAGGACCAGGUGACAGUGCCUGUGGAGCCUCGGCUCAUCACUCUUCCCAACGGGGUCCUCCAGAUCCUGGACGUUCAGGAGAGUGACGCAGGCUCCUACCGCUGCGUGGCCACCAAUUCAGCCUGCCAGCGCUUCAGCCAGGAGGCCCUACUCAGCGUGGCCAGCAGAGGGUCCCUGGCACCCACCAGGGGGCAGGACGUGGUCAUUGUGGCAGCCCCCGAGAACACCACAGUGGUGUCUGGCCAGAGUGUGGUGAUGGAAUGUGUGGCCUCGGCUGACCCCACCCCUUUCGUGUCCUGGGUCAGACAGGAUGGGAAGCCCAUCUCCACGGAUGUCAUCGUCCUGGGCCGCACCAACCUCCUGAUCGCCAGCGCGCAGCCCCGGCAUUCUGGCGUCUACGUCUGCCGCGCCAACAAGCCCCGCACGCGCGACUUCGCCACCGCCGCCGCCGAGCUCCGCGUGCUGGCGGCCCCUGCCAUCUCGCAGGCGCCCGAGGCGCUGUCGCGGACGCGGGCCAGCACGGCGCGCUUCGUGUGCCGCGCGUCCGGGGAGCCGCGGCCCGCGCUGCGCUGGCUGCACGACGGGGCGCCGCUGCGGCCCAAUGGGCGCGUCAAGGUGCAGGGCGGCGGCGGCAGCCUGGUCAUCACGCAGAUCGGCCUGCAGGACGCCGGCUACUACCAGUGCGUGGCUGAGAACGGCGCGGGCACGGCGUGCGCCGCCGCGCCGCUGGCCGUAGUAGUGCGCGAGGGGCUGCCCAGCGCCCCCACCCGGGUCACGGCCACGCCGCUGAGCAGCUCCGCCGUGCUGGUGUCCUGGGAGCGGCCCGAGCUGCACAGCGAGCAGAUCAUCGGCUUCUCCCUCCACUACCAGAAGGCACGGGGCAUGGACAAUGUGGAAUACCAGUUUGCAGUGAACAACGACACCACAGAGCUACAGGUUCGGGACCUGGAACCCAACACGGAUUAUGAGUUCUACGUGGUGGCCUACUCCCAGCUGGGGGCCAGCCGCACCUCCACCCCAGCGCUGGUCCACACACUGGAUGAUGUCCCCAGCGCAGCACCCCAGCUCUCCCUGUCCAGCCCCAACCCCUCGGACAUCAGGGUGGCGUGGCUGCCCCUGCCUCCCAGCCUGAGCAAUGGGCAGGUGGUGAAGUACAAGAUAGAGUACGGUUUGGGAAAGGAAGCAGACCAGAUUUUCUCCACUGAGGUGCCAGGGAAUGAGACACAGCUUACGCUGCACUCGCUUCAGCCCAAUAAGGUGUAUCGAGUACGGAUUUUGGCUGGCACCGGGGCCGGCUAUGGGGACCCCUCCCAGUGGAUGCAGCACAGGACGCCCAGUAUGCACAACCAGAGCCACGAGUUGAAGGUACGGGCAAGGAUGGAGUCCCUGGUCGUGUCGUGGCAGCCACCCCCUCACCCCGCCCAGAUCUCUGGCUAUAAACUGUACUGGCGGGAGGUGGGGGCUGAGGAGGAGGCCGAUGGUGAGAGCCCCCCAGGGGGCCGUGGAGACCAGGCUUGGGAUGUGGGGCCUGUCCGGCUCAAGAAGAAAGUGAAGCAGUAUGAGCUGACCCAGCUAGUCCCUGGCCGGCUGUACGAGGUGAAGCUUGUGGCAUUCAACAAACAUGAGGACGGCUAUGCAGCAGUGUGGAAGGGCAAAACGGAGAAGGCUCCCACACCAGAUCUGCCCAUCCAGAGGGGGCCACCGUUGCCCCCCGCCCAUGUCCACGCAGAGUCAAACAGCUCCACAUCCAUUUGGCUUUGGUGGAAAAAGCCAGACUUCACCACAGUCAAGAUUGUCAACUACACUGUGCGCUUUAGUCCCUGGGGGCUUAGGAACGCCUCCCUGGUCACCUAUUACACCAGCUCUGGAGAAGACAUCCUCAUUGGCGGGCUGAAGCCAUUCACCAAAUACGAGUUUGCCGUACAGUCCCACGGCGUGGACAUGGAUGGGCCUUUCGGCUCCGUGGUGGAGCGCUCCACCCUGCCUGACCGGCCCUCGACACCCCCAUCCGACCUGCGCCUGAGCCCCCUGACACCGUCCACUGUUCGGCUGCACUGGUGCCCCCCCACGGAGCCCAAUGGCGAGAUCGUGGAGUAUCUGAUCCUGUACAGCAACAACCACACCCAGCCUGAGCACCAGUGGACUCUGCUUACCACAGAGGGGAACAUCUUCAGUGCUGAGGUGCACGGGCUCGAGAGCGACACUAGGUACUUCUUCAAGAUGGGGGCGCGCACAGAGGUUGGGCCAGGGCCCUUCUCUGGCCUGCAGGAUGUGAUCACCCUCCAGGAGAAGCUCUCAGACUCCUUGGAUGUGCACUCAGUCACGGGCAUCAUCGUGGGCGUCUGCCUGGGCCUCCUCUGCCUCCUGGCUUGCAUGUGUGCUGGCCUGCGCCGUGGCCCCCACAGGGAGGCCCUCCCAGGCCUGUCCUCCACGGCCACCGCUGGGAACCCUGCGUUGUACUCCCGAGCCCGCCUUGGCCCCCCUAGUCCCCCAGCUACCCAUGAACUGGAGUCCCUUGUGCACCCUCAUCCCCAAGACUGGUCCCCCCCGCCCUCAGACACUGAGGACAGAGCUGAAGUGCACAGCCUUAUGGGUGGUGGCGUUUCGGACUGCCGGGGUCACUCUAAGAGAAAGAUCUCCUGGGCUCAGCCAGGUGGGCCGAUCUGGGCAGGCUCCUGGGCAGGCUGUGAGCUGCCCCAGGCAGGCCCCAUGCCUUCUCUGACCCGGGCCCUGCUGCCCCCUGCGGGAACUGGGCAGACGCUGUUGCUGCAGGCUCUGGUGUAUGAUGCCAUAAAGGGCAAUGGGAGGAAAAAGCCGCCCCCAGCCUGCAGGAACCAGGUGGAGGCUGAAGUCAUUGUCCACUCUGACUUCAGUGCAUCCGCAGGGAACCCUGACCUCCACCUCCAAGACCUGGAACCUGGGGAUCCCCUGCCUUUGGAGUCUCCUGACCUCACUUCGGGUGUUGUGGAUCUAGGGCAGGGGGCAGACUGGCUGGACAGGGAGCUGGGAGGGUGUGGGCAAGCAACCACUGGGCCAGACAGACUUACCUGCCUGCCAGAGGCAGCCAAUGCUUCUUGCCGCUACCCAGACCUCCAGCCCAGUGAGGCUCUGGAGGAGGCCCCUGGGAACAGCUGCCAGCCAAAGGCCCCUUGCCCUCUAGGAGCCAGCCCAGGGCUGCCAAGAGCCCCAGUCUCCUCUGCUUAGCUCUCCCAGAGGGUAUGGUUUGGGGCAGGCUGGUAUGGAUCACAUGACACGUGCGGCCAUGCAUGUACACGUGUGUGCCUGCAGAUACUGAACAUCAUCAAGCCAUUUGGAGCCUCCUAGGGUGCUCUGGCUGAGGGGAGAGGAAGAAAUGGAUUAUUCACUCUCCCCCAUACUCUGUGACACAUGUGCUAUGUGAGAGACGUGUGAGGCACAGCUGUACGUGAUAUACACAUGUGUGAAACACAUGUGUGUGUGCUGGUUGAUGAGCUAGAAAACGUUACUCCAGGCAGUGGUCACUACAGCCUCAUUGAUCCUCCAGGUCAGGACAGUGCCCCAGAGUGGUCAGUUCCCAGCCCUGUGGGCCCUCCACCUCCAUCACCCACCUUUUAUUACACACUCUGAGAGUGUCUCCAAUGCCCUGUCUACAAAGACAGCCCCAGCCCACUUUCCUGUCUGGCUGGGCUGAGUGCAAGUAGGCUCUGAAUGCCUAAGUUUUAGUUGCAUCAUCUCCCAUCUCCCAUAUCCCCAUUGCCCAAAUUGAGAGGGUGACUCUGGCUCCCCUCAGAGCAACUCUGCAUUUCACUUUGUAAUUUGGGAAGUGCCUGGUUUUGAAAGUCUGCUUUCUCUUGCUCUCCCCUCCUCUCCUUCCCUUCACUACUCUACUGGUCUGUCUCCCAAUUAACUUGUUCUC